GAUGACACGAUCUAGAACCUCGCUCGACAUCCAUUAUCAAGAACCUUACGCUUCGUACCUAGGUAGGUACUAUGUUCGAACCCCCGGAGUAUAAUGGACACACCGGCACACGACACUGAUUCAAGUAAGCUUCAAGCUUCCCGCCAAGUUGAGUCGCUGUUGCAUUGCGCUGCGCCAGAAAACUGUUGCAAGCUUUAACUUAUCUCGAGAGUCUCCAAGUGACCGAGGCUGGAACGUCUCCAAGCAAUAUGGGUGGUGUCUCUCUUUCGUGUUGUCAAAAGAUGUCGCUGUGUCCGCUAAAGAAAGAUGUGACUCUUGCCUGCGUGCAACUGCUGGUCGGUCCAGAUAAGGCCCAGAACCUCUCCCGCGCCCGAAUCAAGGUCCUCGAAGCCUCAAGGGCGGGUGCGCGAAUCGUCGUCCUUCCCGAAUGUUUCAACAGCCCCUACGGAACAGCCUACUUUCGCCAAUACGCAGAGACCAUCUCACCAUCACCACCAUCAGCAGACCAAUCUCCAUCCUUCCAUGCCAUGGCAUCCAUGGCCAAGGAGGCCCAAGUCUACCUAGUCGGCGGCAGCAUUCCUGAACUCGAGCCCCACCCCGCCGACCCAGACCAACGCAAAUACUACAACACAUGCCUAAUCUUCUCUCCCGAAGGCACCCUCAUCGGCACACACCGCAAAAUCCAUCUCUGCGACGUCACCAUUCCAGGCAAAGCCCAUCUUCGCGAAUCUGAAGUCUUAUCAGCCGGAGACGACAUAACCAUCGUCGACUUACCGGAGUACGGGGAGCUAGGAGUCGCCAUCUGCUAUGACAUCCGGUUUCCCGAGGUCGCCGCCGUCGCCGCGAGAAAGGGUUGUUUUGCCAUGGUCUAUCCGGCUGCUUUUUCAAUAACGACCGGGUCUCUGCAUUGGUCGAUUCUGGCCAAGGCGAGGGCCCUUGAUAAUCAGAUUUAUGUGGCGCUGUGUAGUCCUGCUAGACAGUCACAGGGUGGGCAUCGGCCUUGGGGUCACAGUUUGAUUGUGGAUCCGCUGGCGCAGAUUGUGACUGAGGCUGGAGAGGAGGAGGACACUGUCAUGGCCGCACUGAGUCCCACGGUGAUCAGCGAGACGAGGACGAAUAUCCCGGUCUAUGUACAUAGAAGAUUUGAUGUUUAUAAGGACGUGAGUCAAUAAAAAGUCACCCACCCAUUGACCAACCGAUUGGAGAGAUGCGCGUCGUCGCAUUUGUCGAAAUGGUUAUGUUUGAGAGAUUUCAAACUGCUUUAAUAUCAAGCAAGGGGGCUCAGCCUUGUCACGUGAGACCAGUGGAUGAAUCGUCUGGCGACGCCUACGCCGACGAGUACGAAUGACAAUUGGGAAAUGGUCCAUAGGGCGAGACAGUAGAAAGCAUAAUUGGGCAUUUUAUAAUCGGGAACCCG